GUGCGCGGUAAGAGCUCUCCAAGCUCAGAGCUCUGGAGGCAAAGACAAAGUAAAAUAAUAAAAAAUAAAUAAAACUACAGCGCACUUGGGAUUUAGGCGAUAAGCCUCAACUUAUCGGCAUCAGCAGCACACAACGGAAACCAAGUUGACGCAAUUCCCAUUUCUUAACCAUGCUGAUGCGUUCUGUGCUCGUCGUGUUGCUGCUCCUGGCUGCAACGGUGUGCUGUGUGCCGACCUCUGCACCCAGUUCGAAUCACUCCGCCAGCUAUGAAGAGUCGACGCUGCGUAUUCUUGAUGUGGCCACGCAGCGGAUGCGCACCAUUUGGAAUAUGAGCAAGAGCAUCUUUCUGCAGCUCACCUCGAAGGGCAAAUCGCCAUUGGGUGGCCAGGCGCCCAGCAAGCACGAGGUCGAAAUGGAGACUUACAGGCUCGUCUAUGAGCUGGCUGCAAAUCUGAGCGUGGUGCCUGUGGAGCAACUGCGUGAUCCGGUAUUACGUCGGCGAGUGCAGCGACUGGCCAAGCUGCAGUUGCAGGGACUUCGACCCGAGGCCUAUGAGCAGGCCAAGGAUCUGCUGCGUGACAUGCAGAAUUACAUUAGCGGCUCACUUGUGUGCACCAGCGACGACUGCUCCGCCCGCCGUCCGUUGGCCAUGUAUCCGCAGAUCUAUCAGCGGAAUAUGCGCAGCAAGCGCUACGAGGAACUCAAACUCAAUUGGUACAGCUGGCGCAGUGCCAUCAAUGAGAAAAACCAUGCCAAGAAUACGUUCAUCGACUAUGUCCGCCUGCUGCGUAUCGCAGCCACCUACAAUGGCCAUGUGACGCCCUCGCGCACCUGGUAUCUCAACUACGACACCGAGAACUUCCAGGCGGAGAUGGAGGAGGUUAUCUGGGAGAUAAUGCCGCUAUAUCGGGAGAUGCAUGCAUUUUUAAGGCACUCGGCCAUUCUGGCGUAUCCCAAGGCGAAUUUUAAGGAUGAUGGCGCCAUAUCGGCACCCGUUAUGGAUCAGAUGCUGUCGCAGGCGUGGUACCCGCAUCAGAUCUUUCAGACACCGUAUCCCAAGGAUCAGUUGCCCUCGGUGCAUAAUCGACUGGAGCAGGUGUUGGUCACGCCCGUUAAAAUCAACAAGAAGGCCGCCGAGUUCUUUGAGUCCCUGGGCUUGAAUCACAUGUCCGACAACUUUUAUGAGCGCUAUUCGCGCCGCAUGAACGACGAUGAGGGCAGUGCGGAUUGUAAGUCGCAGGUGUAUUAUUUUCCACCGGACGUGGCACUGCGUUAUUGUCCCAAGCUGGACUAUAAGAAGAUGAUGCAGAUACACGGCAUCAUGGCGGAGCUGCAGUACAACAUCUACAAACGAGAGCUGCCCUUCGGCCUGGACACAGAACCGUGUCCCGGCUUUGGCGCUGCCCUCGGCGAGACAGCUGUCCUGGCCUCCGGCACACCGCGUCACCUACACAAAUUGAAAAUCCUGAUCAAUGAUAGUCUUACGGAACCGCAGUUGCUCAAUCGACUUUUCCGCAUGGGCGUCCACACGCUGUUGGCUGUGCCGCAGUAUUUCAUCAACGACAAGUUCCUCGUGGAUGUCAUGGACGGACGCAUCGGUGUGCAGGACUACAAUUGCGCCUUCUGGCGCCUGCAGGACAAGUAUGCUGGAGUCCAGCCGCCCAUCUGGCGCUCUGCCAAGGACUUUGACGUCGACUAUAAAUUCUAUCGCGGCAUGCAACCAGACAAGUCCAAUACCAGAAAAUUCAUUUCGGAAAUUUUGGGCUUUCAAUUUUAUCGGUCGUUCUGCCUGGCCAGUGGCCAAUAUAAACCCGGGAAUCCCAGCUAUCCGCUGCACAACUGCGACUUUCAUGACAGCAAGGAGGCGGGCACGCUGCUCCGUGAUAUGAUGAAAUUGGGCGCCACGAAGCACUGGCGCGAUAUUAUGCAGAUAGGAACGGGCGAGCGGAAGCUGAGCGGACGUGGCAUCUUGGAAUACUUUGCACCGCUCUUCACCUGGCUAAAGGAGCGCAACAUGCAACUGGACAUCGAGCCCGGCUGGGAUGCAGAUGAUCUGUGUCGCAAGGAAUAGCAGCAGGACUAAAUUAAAUACUAUAACUAUAACUACUACAAUAUACUUAAAUGUUUAUCAAUGCUACAACUACAACCAUAAACUUUAUAAUUUUCAAUUAUUAUUAAAUCUCUUAUAUAAAGGGUGUCUCUGCUAUAUUUAUUUACUUUUCGGAUUAUAUACUAACCUAUUUUGAGGUAGGAAAUUGUGUAAAUGAUACUCAGUUGGUAAGCUUCUUACCUCUUAAAUAAAUAUAAGCUGAAAUCGAAUCGGAAAUUUGAUCAAAUUACUUUAGAGUAAUGCUGACAAAUACAUACAAAAGAAUCGUU